AUGUCUUCUCGACGUCACGGCUCCGACGGCGAACCUCCUAAAUCUGGAUGGAAAGGAACGUUGAGUAAAGCGUUGACAAGCGGCAGUGAUUGGUCAGACAAAGAUGAAAUUCUCGAUGUAAUCUAUUGGGGCAGGCAAGCUGUAGCACUACUAAUCGGGAUUAUUUUUGGCGUUGUGCCGGUGAAUGGAAUCAUUGGCCUUGGUGGAUAUGUUGCUAUUUCAACGGUUGUCAUUCACCAGUUUGUCGUCAAAUAUCAAAAAUUAGAUGAAGACUACUUGGGUGGUUUCUGGGAACUGGCAAAAGAAGGAUUCGGUGCGGCAUUUGCGACUUUUAUGGUUUCCUGGAUCACAGUUUAUUCGGCUCUGUAUUUUAAUAAC